UUUUCUUUUUCAUUUUCAUAUUCAUUUUCAUUAUAAGAAAAACUUCAUUUUUUUUUUCUCUUUAGCUCAAAAACUUCAAAUUAAAUUCGAAAAAUAAAAAAAUAAAAAUCUCUACGUUUUCAAUUUUCGAAGUUCGUUUCAAUGCUAACUGGUUCAUACGACAAUCUCCAUCGAGUUUUGAAAAGUCUCAAACGACAAGUCGUUUUUCGAAUCUGAGAAAUUGGAGGAGUGAUUUAUGAAGCAGUUUGAUGUGAAUUUGAUUUCCUGAUUCAGAAAUUAGGUUAAACAUUCUUUGGUUUUCAGUUGGAUUGAAAUGUCAGGAUUUGAAGGGCAAUGUAGUAAUGAUGAAAUUAGGGAGAGGAGAUCAGAUGUUGAGAAUUCGGAAGAUGAGAGGCGACAGUAUUCUAAGAUUGGAACAUUGAAGAAGAAGGCGAUGAAUGCUUCUUCUAAAUUUACUCAUUCGCUUAAGAAAAGAGGGAAAAAGAAAAUCGAUUAUAGGGUUCCGUCUGUGGCUAUUGAGGAUGUGAGAGAUGCGCGAGAGGAGACUGCGGUGGUUGAAUUGCGUCAAAGACUUGUUGAAAGGGGGAGUUUGCCUUCAAUGCAUGACGAUUAUCAUUCGUUGCUGAGGUUUCUUAAAGCUAGGGAUUUUAAUAUUGAGAACACAAUACAGAUGUGGGAAGAAAUGCUUGCGUGGCGAAAGGAAUAUGGAACUGAUACAAUUCUUGAGGAUUUUGAAUUUGAAGAGCUGGAAGGAGUAUUGCAGUAUUAUCCUCAAGGUUACCAUGGAGUCGAUAAGGAAGGUAGGCCAGUUUACAUUGAGAGGCUUGGGAAAGCUCAUCCAAGCCGCUUGAUGCGCAUCACCACAAUAGAUCGGUAUUUGAGAUAUCAUGUCCAGGAGUUCGAGAAAGCUCUGCAUGAGAAAUUUCCAGCAUGUUCCAUUGCAGCAAAAAGACAGAUUUUUUCGACAACAACAAUCUUGGAUGUACAAGGCUUGGGAAUGAAAAAUUUCUCGCCUACUGCAACAAAUCUCUUGGCUUCCAUAGCUAAAAUAGAUAGCUGUUACUAUCCUGAGACAUUACAUCAAAUGUAUAUUGUCAAUGCUGGUACUGGCUUUAGGAAGAUGCUUUGGCCUGCUGCACAGAAAUUUCUUGAUCCCAAAACUACUUCAAAGAUACAGAUUCUUGAAUCGAAGUCUCUAUAUAAAUUACAGGAAGUCAUUGACUCUAGUCAGUUGCCAGAAUUUCUAGGUGGUUCGUGUACAUGUUCCCGCGAUGGUGGAUGUCUUAGGACUAACAAGGGUCCAUGGAAUGAUCAUAAUAUCAUGAAGCUGGUACGAAACACGGAGGGAACUUUUGUGAGGCAAAUUACCAGGUCGUCCAAUGAAAAGCACAAUUUUGACUCCUUUCAGUUACAGUCACUGAAGGAACGAUGCGGUGAUUCGUCAACAGCAGAAUCAGGGUCUGAUUUUAAUGAUAACUCAUCUCCUACAAGACAACGGAACUAUAAUUAUCCUCGUUUAGCACCCGUUCGGGAAGAAGUCAGGGUACCGGAUGCCAAUGGCUACUACAGCUGUGAUGAUAAUACUUUAUUGACUCAGAAUGUGAUUGAAAAUGACCAACUUCACCUUACUCAAAAGCAUUCAUUGGAAAUUAAUGAUACCGAGAAUGGGAAUGUUGCUUAUAGGACAAAUUCAGAAGGGGCUUUGGUCAGAAAUUUGUUGAGCGUUAUGAAGGAAAAAUUAGCUAAAAUAAAUUUCUUAUAUAUGCCACAAGCGCUGGCAUCCUUCAUUGAAAGACUUGUUGAGUUCAUCUUCAGUCUAAGAUUUGAAUUUUGGAGAACACCUAGCAUUGUUCACCCAUCAAAUUCCACAGAACAUGAUAUUAAUAACCAUUCAGAAGCUAUUGAAGCUAGUUCUGAAAGAGAGUGCAUUCUUCCUUGUGAACAUCGUCUUCAAAGACUAGAAAGAGUAUUCGACGAACUUAACAACAAACCCGACGGUAUGCCUUUGGAGAAGGAGAAAAUGCUUAUGGAUUCCUUGGAUAGAAUAAAGUCUGUUGAGUUUGACCUUGAGAAGACAAAGAGGGUAUUACAUGCCGCAGUGAUGAAGCAACUUGAAAUUACUGAUUUACUGGAGAAUAUGAAGCAGCCAAAGUUUCGACAAAGAAGGCUAUUCUGUUGAAUCAUCGUUUUCAGUUACAGAAGUUCUUAAAAUGUCAUAUACGAAGUCGAAGCGCGACCGUUGAUCCUCAAAUGUUGAUCCGACCCAACCCAACGAAGCAUGAGUUGAGGGAGUAGACAAUUCAAGCCUAAUGGGUUGCUAACAGAGCAUACAUACAUACUAAAGAGAUUCAUGAGAAUUUGGUAUAGUACACAGCUCACUUUGUUUUAUAUAUGUUACUAAUAAAUAAUAAACAAUAUAUAAUGUAGAUUUCUUCUUAUAUAUGCUCCUUUUCCCCUCAAUUUUCUCAGUAAAUAAGGGACAAAAUUUGUAUUGUAAUGUUAUAUUCAGUAUUAUACAGUGUAGAGAAUAGAAAGAUAACAGAAAAGUUUACAGUGCUAAAAAUUUUAAAAAUUCGUGUGUAUUGUUUAUUGAAUCUAUAGUAGAAAUGAUAAUAUUAGACAAAAUGUUCGGGGUA